CUGAGCCGCUGCACGUACAUUAACUGUUGUUUCAGCAAGGUUCGAGCGUGCCCUGAUGUCGGUUUGCGUUGGGAUGGCGCGGCACCGGUAUACGGUCCUGCUGAUUCUAGCGGCGAUUUCCUUGCUGGCGAAAAGCGGGAACGGUCUUUAUUCCCCGGCGGACCAGGUCACUCUCCUUGACUACAGCAACUUGGAUGGGAUACUGUAUAACUCCAGCAAAGCCUGGGUGGUGGAGUUCUAUGCCUCUUGGUGCGGACACUGUAUAAGCUUCGCCCGAGUGUGGAAAUCGCUGGCGAAUGAUAUCAAAGAUUGGAAGCCCGCACUGAGCCUAGCUGUGGUCCAUUGUGCAAACCCAGUGAAUAGCAAACUGUGCCGGAGAUUUGAAGUGACAUCCUACCCUACGAUAAAGCUGUUCAAAGCAUUUUCAAGACCAUUUGUCAGAGGAGAGCACUUUAGUGGCUCUGAGCGCAGUGUGUCAGCUCUGCGUCAUUACUUUAUUGAUCACCUGGAGGCACAUGACGAGAAUGUGUGGCCCCCAGCAUGUCCUCCAUUAGAACCAGUCAGUAUGGCAGAGGUUCAGAGCUUCUUUGCUUUCAACGAUGUUCUGUAUCUAGCACUGAUCUUCGAAGAAGAAAACUCCUACAUCGGCCGAGAGGUGACCUUGGACAUGCUACAGUACGAGAACAUUGCUGUGCGCAGAGUGCUGAAAAGUGAAGAGAGCCUCGUGAAGUUGUUUGGUGUCCAAAGCUUCCCAUCCUGCUACCUGUACUUCAAUGAUACCAGCCACAGAGCAGCCUCAGUGAAAAAGGAAACACGCAUUUUCUAUACGUAUUACCUGCGCCGCUUGCCAGGAGUGACACGAGGAGCUUAUAAACUGACAGCAGAGAACGUUACCUAUGGGGACAGUACAGAGACAUGGAAAGAUUUCAACAGUUCCAAGCUGUAUAUGAGUGAUCUGGAGUCUUCCCUUUACUAUUCCCUCAAGAUGGAAGUGGUGAAACAUCAGGAACUCUCAGGGGAUACCCUCAUGGCACUGAAAAACUUCAUCACCGUGCUGACAAAGUUCUUUCCUGGUCGGCCGUUCAUUAUGAAGCUGCUUCAAAUAACUGACACCUGGCUGAGAGAUGUUGGCACAGGGCCAGUCUCCUCCAGAGCACUUAUGGAUGUGCUCAACAACAAGAACAGGAUACCUGGAGCCGUACUGCCUGACAAGGAGAACUGGGUUGGUUGUCAGGGCAGUAGGCCACACUUUCGAGGAUACCCAUGUUCGGUAUGGACUCUGUUCCACCUCUUAACAGUGCAGGCUGCAAAACACAACAAUUCCAUGGUACUUGCAGGAAAAAGUGUCCAGUCUGACCCUCUGGAAGUUCUGUCUGCAUUGAGGCAGUACGUCAAGCAUUUCUUUGGAUGCAGAGAGUGUGCGGUCCAUUUUGAAUCUAUGGCAGCAGUAUCCAUGAACUCUAUCCAAACCUUCGACAAGGCUAUCUUGUGGCUGUGGUCUCGGCAUAAUCGCGUCAACAACAGGCUGGCAGGUGCACUAAGUGAGGAUCCAAAAUUCCCAAAGAUUCAAUGGCCACCUCCAGACAUGUGUGCGGACUGUCACAAUGAGAUCAAUGGGCACCAUGAGUGGAUUUUAGAUGCAGUGAUGAACUUCCUCAAUGUACAUUAUUCUCCAGAUAAUAUAGACUACAGUUAUCUUAAAGAGGAGGAGGAACUCCGGAAGAAGCAGCAGAAGGUGGAAGAAGAUACUUGGCAGGGUCAAGAGAGGACUGUCCCAGAAGAAGAGUGGAAGAAAGACAUAGAUGAAGACAAGGGCAAGCAAGAAAAAGAAAAAAGCACAGAACAAUCAAUGAUGAAUGAAGAACGUCAAGUCAACCAAAGGAGUGUAAGGAGAAUCAGAAGUCAAAAGAGGAGUUUUGUCAAGUGGAAACACACUGCUAGGAGGGAUGUAGAAGAUAUUGUCGACCUGGACUUGUUUGUGAAUGAACAAUACAAAAAACAAGCUUUGAAGGGCAGGGCUGAAAAUGAGAGAGCCAGCAUGAUGAGCAAGAAAUACCGUGGACCCCAACUGCACCUACAGUCCAUUGAUGAAUCCGGAGAGUCUAAGGAGAUGCUGCAAAAUUGGGUAGUCUGGGGUGGAGAUAAUGUCAUUGCCAAGAAAAAAUGGAUUGGUCUGAGGGGGAUGAACUUCUCCCGCAUGGAUACUGGCCUUUGUAUUAUGUUGUAUUUCCUGACCGCUUUGUCUCUAUUGUCAUUGUACCUCUAUUUCAAAAUGAUGUUUCGGUGUUGGAAAUUGAAAUAUUGGUUCGCAUCAGCCUGUAUUGGCAUUAAAUAUAGCAGGGAAAGGAAGUGAUAAAACAAAGACUAGGUUUAUAGGCCUCAGGGAGUGCAAUGAUAUAUGUUUCCACUCACAUUAAUGUUCCAUUGACAUGGAAGCUCUUGAAUUAGAAACAAUUUAGAACAUUAUUAUCUUAGCUAAGGAAAAUAAUGUUUCCAUGGGGUCACUUGUAAAUUAACAAUAAUGGACACAUUUGAUCACAAAAUAAUUUCAAAUCUAGAAUAUUAGAUUCUGACUUGCUCACUCAAGUAAGAUAAAACACCAAGAUUUCAAACCCUCCAUGAUAAUGCUCCAGUGUUUUUGCAAAGGACUUCUGCUUGAGAAAACAAUUUGGUAUGUCACAGUCUAUGAGGUAUGAUUCAGAAAUUACCACCUAACUCUGCAGAGGUAAAUAUGCACCUAUCCUACAUAUAUCAAAAAAAUCUCUAAGACCAGACUUUGAUGUUCUCAUCUCAAAGCACAUUGGAUAAGUUUUAUGGCAGUUGGUGAGAAAAUAGGGUAAGGAGACAGAACCUCUGUGACUUCCUAAACCGGAGCAGGUAGAUUUGCACACUAUGGUCCAUUUGCAGGUAAAAUGUAAACAGUUGCACUUCUCAAGUAAUUAUGCUGAAACAUUUCCAACCAACCAAUAAAAUCCCACCAUAGAAACAUCCUUUUCCCAAAAGUACUGCACACAAUGGAUAACCCCAUGCACAGCAUAUUUAGAAACAUUGAAUUUGCACAGGACUGACUGCUUAAUCUUGAGGUGACUUUCACAAGACAAAUUCCACCAUGGUCUCAAUAUGGUGGCUUAACACUAACUGCAAAUUGUUCCCUCUGAUUUUUCACAAGCGUCAAGUUGUCCAAACCUGUGCAGUGGUCCAAACUGACAUCUUUUUAGAGGAGAUUCUAAAACAAGGCUCUGUUUGGUCACUCAAGUGAUUGUUAAAAGUCACUUUGCAGUAUUCGAAGAAGAAUAAUACAAGCCCCAGAAAUUUAUUUUGCAUACUGAUAACAUAGCCAGUGUUUAUUGCAUAAUCCUAAAUACUCCUCAGCUGACUGAUUGCCUUAUUGAGACAUUCAGAGGAUAAUUGAGAACCAAUCGCAUUACACAGGGUCUGGAGUCAUAUACAGGCCAGUCCAUGUCAGGAGGCACAUUUCCUUCCCUGAAGGUCAUUAGCAAACCUGAGGUUUUUACAAGAAUCCAACAGUUUCACAAUUUGUUUUAAAAUUAAUAAUCAUCAUAUUGUUAUUUGUAUAGAAAUUGGCUGCCAUGUUUCCGACAUUAUAACUUCACUCAGGAAGGAGAUGAUUGGUGAGAAAGUACUUUGGAGACCGCAAAAGGCACCGUAUCAAAGGAAACCCUUUCUUCGGACAGAAGUAAUGAAGUGAUCAAAAGCAUUGAAGUUGCUGAUGAUAGUGCUUAUCUUGCAGCGGGAGAAGUUCUGCAUGCCUUAUGGCUUCCUUUGAAGGAGGCAACCUUGUGGGAUAGAUCUCAGAAUAUCCCUGUUUGAAAGCAAGUUGAACUGCUCCAACAGGUAUUAAAAAUGAAAGAAAAUCAGCUACAUUCACACUGACGAAGAGCAAAGAACUCUAAACAGAUGAUCUCCAAAUAAUCUUUUACUGUUUGCUCCAUUGCUUCUUUUAGUGGUUUGAAAACAAUUGGCCACCUUCAGUUCCUGGUAUCGGUAUUCUGAAAAGGCAUUUCACAAGAUUUUCUGCCCUGCCUGGGAAGUACACAUUUUUGAUUUGUUUCUGUACUGCUAACAUAAUCAUUUUUUAAUUAAAAGGAAAUCCUUGAGUUUCACCUUUGUAGGACUCUU